AUGGCUUUCUUCAAUUUGACACAGCUAGGAGCUCAAGAUCCAUUCAAAACGGCCAGCUCGUCCAACUCUCUGUCUCCAGAAGCUGCGCAUGCCCAGAUAACUCAGAAAAAGCCGAUAACAACUGAAGCCCAGGCCUCAGGCUCAACUUCUCCAUCCACCACUGGCGAAGAGAGACCAGAGAAAAUAACAAGCCACUCUGAGAUGUACUCCACGGCCAAGGCAAGUUCUUGUCAUGAAGGUUCUCACAGUAAAUACACUGAGCGCUUGAGGAAACAUCAGAGGAAUCCGAAAGAUCCAUCAGAGAUGUAUAGUCGUCCCCUCACUACCUCACAGAUGUAUGGCUGGUGGAUGAGCGAGGGAGAGCCUCUGAAACAAGAGUGGACACAAGGGGAGAGGAGGGUCUACGUCAACAGUGAAAUGACAAGAUUCGUGAAUGAGAUGAGUCUAACAAACAAAGACUUUAGCCUCUACUAAGACAUAAUACUUAGUAAACUCUUGAAAAGAAUUGGUCUUUUCAUGCUUUCAAUUAUAAACAUUAUUUUU